AUGUUGUUAUUAUCAACAUCAUUAUCAUCAUCAUCAUCAUCAAUGUUAUCAUCCAUUCUACUAAUAUCAUCAAUAUCAUUACAAAUCAUAAUUACUACUACAGUUUGGCUUUUGUUACCAUUUUUUCCACACCAUUUUAUAUUAUUUGUCAGUGGUCAGCAGCAAAUUGAUUGUGAUAUUUUGAAUCCGAAAUGUCAGGAACGCUAUCGACAAAUGAUGCAUACAGCCACCCUUAAGAGUAAAACUUCUCAAUGUUUACAAAGAGAUAUUUGGCUUAUCCCGGGCAAAGCUGAUAUUAGCUGUUCUCGACCGAGAGCAAAGAAGAUAUUGGAAGUAGAUCCACGACAAGUUGUCAUUUAUCCAAAAAUAAUAAAACUUCCCGGUUGUUUCAAUGUUGAAAUUAAAAAUAUUCGGGUGUUGGAUAAUCAUGAUGCAAUUGGAAACAGUUUCUUUGCGAAAAUUGAAUAUCAAUGGUGGAAUGUGAAGGAUUUUGCAAAUUUAAAAUGUCAAAAUGCUAGCAGUAAUGGAUGUGGUGGUUAUGGGAAUAACUGUUAUUACUGUGACAUUUGCGAAAGUUUGCAUCAUUUACAAGAAGAAAACGGGAAGUCAGCAUUUACCGAUCAGUUAAAAGGAAUUAACUGUCCAAAAUAUCCCGGAUUCUAUACCUUCAGGAAAGAAUUUUGCUUCAAUGAUUGGUCUAUUUUUGAUAUUAACGGUGACUGUCAAUUUGAUUUCUUCCAAGGUGACAAAUUUUCCGAUUAUCGAUCAGCACUUUCUUCUUUGCAACAAGUAGGAUAUGGUACCGUGGUAGCAAAACUACGUCUGGCAGCAAAUGCAACAGGUGAAGUUGCUAAGAGAAAACGAAUCAAGGAGGAGCUAAUUGAAGAAACCAUAAGAAAGGAUUUAGAAGAAAGGGGUAGAACUUCGAAUAUUGGUAAUGAACAGUUCGAGAAAUUUCGACUGUGGUAUACUAACUAUCGCAAGGAUACAUGGCACAGAGAAGAGUAUUUACCAUGGCUAUUGUAUGAGAAUGAAAUUUCAUGCAUACGACUCACUUUCGAUAUUUGUGAACGAAUCCCGAAACGUAGCCCAUUCACUGGUCAACUAACAUGCUUUUAG